GCAGGCGUCCUGGGAUGCGAGCCGGAUUUGGUGGUCGCCAGGCAUUUUGUUUAAAGGAAGACCCUGUCUGCUGCUUGGAAACUGGAUUAGAACACAGAAAAGACCAUGCAGGAAUCAGUUAUAGAAGGCCGGUGUGCUAUGUGAAUGCACUAUCUCCAGAGGCCAGAAGACACCAUCAGAUCUCCUGAGACUGGACUGAUAGAGGUUGUGAGCUGCCAUGUGGAACCACGCAGGCCUCUGAGGGACGCAGACAUGUGGAUGGAGACCCUGCUGGGAGAAAAAAGAAACGGUUGAAGGUCCCUACUUCCAGUGUCUCCUGAGACAUCUCUCCAGAAAACCUUGUCACGGUUAUCGUCACCCACAAGUUUGUCAACCGUUAUCUCAGAUGAUUGCCGGGGCCUCUGCAGAAAGCCACCAUGAGCACCUGUGGAAGAGCUGCCUUUGCUUCUGUCUCUCAGGGCUGAGGUGUUCAGCUAGCGGGCUGACAUGGGACAGCAACAAGGAACCAGGAAUGGUCCCACCCACAGAGAAGUCCCCCGGGGCGUGGGGCUGCUGCUCGCCAUGGCCCUUAUGAACGCGCUCCUCUACCUCUGCCUCGAUCAGCUUUUCAUCUCCCCUGGGCGAUCCUCUGAGGACUCUGGGCGCUGUCCUCCAGGUUACUUCAGAAUGGGACGGAUGAGAAACUGCUCGCGCUGGUUGUCCUGUGAGGAGCUGAGGACGGAAGUCAGGCAGCUGAGGCGUGUUGGGGAGGGAGCUGUCAAGAGAGUCUUUCUGUCAGAAUGGAAGGAACACAAAGUCGCUCUCUCCCGGCUCACCAGGCUGGAGAUGAAGGAUGACUUCUUGCAUGGACUGCAGAUGCUGAAGUCUCUACAGAGUGAGCACGUGGUCACGCUGGUCGGCUACUGCGAGGAAGAUGGCACUAUUCUCACCGAGUAUCACCCCUUAGGUUCCUUGAGCAACCUGGAAGAAACACUAAACCUUUCAAAGUACCAAGACGUGAACAAUUGGCAGCAUAGGCUGCAGCUGGCCAUGGAGUACGUCAGCAUCCUUAACUACCUGCACCACAGCCCCCUGGGCACGAGGGUCAUGUGUGACUCUAAUGACCUGCCCAAAACAUUGUCCCAGUAUCUGCUAACCAGUAACUUCAGCAUUGUGGCAAACGACCUGGACGCGCUGCCUCUGGUGGAGCACGACUCUGGGGUACUUAUAAAGUGUGGCCAUCGGGAGCUCCACGGGGAUUUCGUGGCUCCAGAGCAGCUGUGGCCCUAUGGAGACGACACAGCCUUCCAAGAUGAUCUCAUGCCCUCCUACGAUGAGAAGAUUGACAUCUGGAAGAUUCCGGAUGUCUCCAGUUUCCUUUUGGGGCACGUGGAAGGGAGUGAUAUGGUUAGAUUCCAUUUGUUUGAUAUCCAUAAGGCGUGUAAGAGCCAGAUCCCUGCCGAGAGACCCACUGCUCAGAACGUUCUAGACGCUUACCAGAAGGUUUUCCAUUUACUCCGAGACACUGUGAUGUCGCAGACAAAAGAAAUGCUGUAAAAAUGAGCAGUGAGUGAUGUGCUUUACGGCUGAUGUAAAAAUGAGCUGUUGAGUGAUGUACUUUACGGCUUAAUGCCGUCCCAGCUGUUCCACUGUUGAUGAUGGAGGAGCUUUGGGUAGAUGGAUGUUGACCCUGGCUGUUCAGCCACGUAGGCCCUUCUCUACAUCUGCCUGCCCAUUUGAGUGUUCUGCUCUCCUGGCAACUUGGAUAAAAGCUGCCGAGCAAGAACGCCUUGCUUUACUGUGCUUCCUGGUGAAGACGCAAGGGAUUCGUGCAUCUGCAUAGUGUUUAAGGGGAGUGAGCAAACGGUAACCUUGAAGACAUGUUGCCUGCCCUGGUAACCGUUUUUUAUAGACCUGUAGGAAACAGCAUCUUUCAGUGACCAUUUGUGGAAAAAAAACAAAACAAAAUAACAACAACAACAAAACCCCCAAUAGUUCCUCAGAGACAAUUUCUCCUAAUUCAAAAAGUCCUGUUGGAAGCUGGGGAUGUUUUAACUCAAUGUCAGGGCACUUGCCUGGUUAUGUACAAAGCCUUGGAUCUGAUCCAUAGAAUGUGUAUACAUACUCAUGCUCAAACAAAAUCCUGGAUGCCAGGAGUGUGCCCCCGGUUUCUUGUCAAUGAGGUCAUUGUCCGUGUUGGAGAUGAUUUUCUAUGAAGCGUUUAUGGUGACUCCUGUCACUGAGCCAAGUGUGUAUGGUCUUUAGCUACUCUGUGGUUCUUCUUUCUUCCCUUUCCAGCCCCUAACACUAGAGAGGAGAGAAAAAGAAAAGAAAGCAGGCAACGUUAUUGUUAAGAGUACUUCCUGCUGAUUAGGGGCCGUCAAGUUUCUUGGAGCAGUGAUCUUUGCUGUUACUAUAUCUAAUUUCUUCUUGUUUCUUCUUUGUGCAUGGCUACUUCACAAGCAGAGACCAACAGCAAACAACAAACAACCCACCCCGUCUCUCGAGGGCCCUAGCAUUUAUAUACUUAGGAAAAGUCCCCAGAAUUCCAAACGUCACACAAUCACAGAAACUAUCUGCAGCUGGCAAAAACUACACCCCUGUCAGAGCAUGAGACAAUUCAUUAUCAGCGGCUGUGAAUAAUCUGAGGCAGCCCCACAUCCCACACCUGGGAUUAAAACAAAACAUGUUUGUUUUUGUUUUGUUUUUAAGAAACCAAAGUGCACCACGAGAUAGCAUGCUCUUGAGGUUGUGAAUGUCUAGAAAUGUUUGGAACAGCAAGUUGAAGGAACUUUUCUUACCUGCCUUGGUGCUUUGAAGUUCCUGCUGACCUGGAGUUUCUGUGUGAAUAUUUCCAUCCAGUGUCCCUUUGUACUAGGAAGUUCUAAGCCUGCUCGGGGCUUGCAUGACUGAACACUUUAAAACAUUGUGGAGCCAGGAUUGAUGGUGCCCACCUGUCAUUUCAGUACCUGGGAGACAGGAGUUCAGAGUUAUCCUGGGCUAUAUACUGUGACUCUGUCUACCCCCAACCUCCCAAUAAAAAAAAAAAAAGUUCUCCCUGUGGUGCUGGCAUCCUUAUUUGGAAGACAUGAGAAGUUUGACAUGUGUUAAUGGUCACUCAUAAGGUGCCUCUUGUCUUCUUGAAUCACAGAUUGGGGCCCACUUCAGAGGCUCCAGCUUCACAGAUCUAGAAUGAAGUUCCAAAAAUUUGUAACUGGUUUCCUGUGCUGCUGUUCUUCCUCCUCUCCCUCUUCUUCCUCCUUUCUCCCUCUUCCUUCUUCUUCCCUUCCUCCUCUUUCUCCCUCUCCUCCUUUCCUUCUUCUUCCCCCUUCCCCUCCUCCUCCUCUGGGGACCACCAUUUGAAAUGCAUUGCCUCAUUGAGAAGGAGGUACAACAGACAAAAGAAAUAGGUAGUGUUGGCAUUGUCUCAUCUUCUGUACCUCGUGGCUGACUGGAGGGUGAACUUGCAGGGUAUCUGAGCUGGCCCUUGAAGCACAUGUUACUCCCUUCUCUCUGGGUUUACAAAAACUCUCCCAAAACCCAUCAGCUUAAGGACAUUAACAGGUGUUGACCAAUGUGGAGUAUUUGAAACCCUUAAGUUUCACUGUUGCCAGUGGAAUUUAACAAUGCAAAAGCAUGUUGGGAAAACAGUCGGGCAGUUCCUCAGAAAGUUUAAAGAGAGUUAGCACAUGUCCCUGCCGUUAGUUCUUCCAAGGAUAAACCCAGUAGGAUUGAAAACUUGUUCAAAUUAUCCGUUAACAUUGAUGGUACAGUUACUCAGAAUAACAAAAGGUAAAUAAAGAAUAACCCAAAUGUUGGUCAAUAAUG